AAAAGUUUCACUUCAGAUGACGCCGGGAAUGUAAACCGUUUUCUCUUCCAUUCUAACUCGGAGCCAUGCCCGCUUUCUCCGCCCAGCUGGAAUUUUUGAAGCGAGAAAAUCGACUCGCUGGGGGUUCGCCCGCCGACGCCGCACGGCUUGCUGGGGCUGGGCUCUUCCUCGCGGAAGUGGGGAGGAGGCGGUUGCGGUUAGUCGACCGGGACCGGUAGGGGUGCUGUUGCCAUCAUGGCUGACCCCGACCCCCGGUACCCUCGCUCCUCGAUCGAGGACGACUUCAACUAUGGCAGCAGCGUGGCCUCCGCCAGCGUGCACAUCCGAAUGGCCUUUCUGAGAAAAGUCUACAGCAUUCUUUCUCUGCAGGUUCUCUUAACUACAGUGACUUCAACAGUUUUUUUAUACUUUGAGUCUAUACGGACAUUUGUACAUGAGAGUCCUGCCUUAAUUUUGCUGUUUGCCCUCGGAUCUCUGGGUUUGAUUUUUGCGUUGACUUUAAACAGACAUAAGUAUCCCCUUAACCUGUACCUACUUUUUGGAUUUACGCUGUUGGAAGCUCUGACUGUGGCAGUUGUUGUUACUUUCUAUGAUGUAUAUAUUAUUCUGCAAGCUUUCAUACUGACUACUACAGUAUUUUUUGGUUUGACUGUGUAUACUCUACAAUCUAAGAAGGAUUUCAGCAAAUUUGGAGCAGGGCUGUUUGCUCUUUUGUGGAUAUUGUGCCUGUCAGGAUUCUUGAAGUUAUUUUUUUAUAGUGAGAUAAUGGAGUUGGUCUUAGCCGCUGCAGGAGCCCUUCUUUUCUGUGGAUUCAUCAUCUAUGACACACACUCACUGAUGCAUAAACUGUCACCUGAAGAGUACGUAUUAGCUGCCAUCAGCCUCUACUUGGAUAUCAUCAAUCUAUUCCUGCACCUGUUACGGUUUCUGGAAGCAGUUAAUAAAAAGUAAUUAAAAGUAUCUCAGCUCAACUGAAGAACAACAAAAAAAAUUUAACGAGAUAAAAGGAUUAAAGUAAUUGGAAGCAGUAUAUAGAAACUGUUUCAUUAAGUAAUAAAGUUUGAAACAAUGAUUAAA